AUGCGGUUUCUGACGACUCUGUUGAUCUCGACUUGUGUGAUCUCUGCUUCUGCAGUCGCAGUCGAUACACCUCCCCCCUUCAUUCAGCAGAGACCGCCUACUCCUCCUCCCAAAUCCGUUUGUCACUGCCAGGACCCACGCAACCCAAAUGUUAACGGCAAGACGGAGCUCUGUUGUAUGAAACAUAGUGGGGCCCUGACGACGGCAAAAAACGGCCAGCCUGUGUGUCAACAUUUCAAGAACCAGGCGGGCAAGACCGCGUUUAUGGAAUGUUGCCAACCAUCGGCGAGCUCGCUUGCUGAUGUCCGCUUUGCAAACGGGAAACCUGCCCUCCAUGACUAUGCGGUCUGCACAUGA